CGAGGCCACACCGCCCCCGUGCGGCCGGCCGCCAAACGAGAAGCGGGCGGCGGGAAGCAAGGCUGCCGAGGUGGAAAUCGGUUUGAGCUGCGGCCUGCUCGGAACCAGGAGCGUGGAGAGCCCGGGAGCGUAGUGAUCAUCGAGCUUCGGGGAUCUUAUUCUGAGGGGAAAAUGUCGGGCGGCUACCGAUGGGGAGGCCCAUCCGGCGGCGAGAACCGUAUCUACGUUGGGAACCUUCCGACCGACGUGCGGAUCCGGGACAUCGAGGACAUCUUCUAUAAAUACGGGAAAAUCCGGGACAUCGACCUGAAGAACAAGCGCGGCUCCGCGCCUUUCGCCUUUGUGGAGUUCGAGGACCACAGAGAUGCACAAGACGCAGUCUAUGGAAGAAAUGGGUAUGAUUAUGGAGUCUAUCGCUUGCGCGUGGAGUUCCAGAGAGGCCGAGGAAUUGGCGGAAUCGGCGGUGGAUCUAGAGGAAGACCAGGACCACCAGCCCGCAGAUCAGAUUUCAGGGUCAUUGUCUCCGGGCUACCACCCUCUGGCAGCUGGCAGGAUUUGAAGGAUCACAUGCGAGAAGCUGGUGAUGUUUGUUAUGCAGAUGUUUUGGGAGAAGGUGCCGGAGUGGUGGAAUUCCUCCGUAAAGAAGAUGUGGAUUAUGCAGUAAGGAAGCUUGACGAUACGAAGUUCCGUUCUCAUCAGGGAGAAACUGCUUAUAUUCGAGUUCGCGCUGACAAACCCAGAAGUUCCAGUUAUGGGAGAUCAAGAUCAAGGUCCCUUUCUAGAGGUCGUUAUUCUCCCUAUCAAGGCAGAAGCUCCCCCCAAUAUAGAUGAGGACUUGGUA